UGCUCUGCAACUGAAUGAACCCCCCAGCCAAUGUCCUGCUGCUGGACGGCUGCGCGAUAAACGCAUCGCGGCUCUCUGCAGUCCCGCGGCUGCACUGACUCUGAUUAUGGAUAUCUUUAUGGAUAUGAUUCGGAUUCUAUGGAUACUGCCAACGGUGUGGGCUGUGGAAGAAGUAUUGAUGGAUUCAACAACGGCAACCGCAGAGCUGGGCUGGACCAUCUACCCAUCACAGGGGUGGGAAGAAGUUAGUGGCUAUGAUGAAAACAUGAACACCAUCCGAACAUACCAGGUGUGCAAUGUCUUCGACAGCAGUCAGAACAACUGGGUACGCACCAAAUACAUCCGCCGCCGGGGUGCUCAGCGCAUCCAUGUCCAGAUGAAGUUCUCAGUACGCGACUGUAGUUCCAUACCCAAUGUCCCUGGCUCUUGCAAGGAGACCUUCAACCUGUAUUACUAUGAGUCAGACUCGGACACAGCCACGAAAUCGUCCCCAGCCUGGAUGGACAACCCCUGGGUGAAAGUGGACACCAUAGCGGCUGAUGAGAGCUUCUCUCAGGUUGAUCUUGGUGGCCGCAUCAUGAAUAUCAACAGUGAAAUUCGGAGUUUUGGACCGGUUUCGCGCAAUGGCUUCUACCUCGCUUUCCAGGAUUAUGGCGCCUGCAUGUCGCUCAUCGCUGUUCGAGUCUUCUACAGGAAAUGUCUCAGUGUGAUCCACAACGGUGCCAUCUUCUCUGAGACUCUGUCUGGAGCGGAGAGCACCUCUCUGGUGGCAGCCAGAGGGGUGUGUGUUCCCAAUGGGGAAGAGGUGGAUGUACCCAUCAAGCUGUACUGUAACGGGGAUGGCGAGUGGAUGGUACCCAUCGGGCGCUGCAUGUGCAAAGCCGGGUAUGAGGCGGUAGAGAAUGGUACAGUCUGCAGAGCUUGUGUAUCAGGGUUCUUCAAGGCUGCACAGGGAGACCAGCAAUGUCUGCAGUGCCCCAUUAACAGCCGAACCACCAGUGAGGGAGCAACCAACUGUGUAUGUCGCAACGGCUACUACCGCGCUGACUCUGACCCUCCACAGAUGCCAUGUACAACUGUUCCAUCGGCUCCACAAAACGUCAUCUCCAUGGUAAAUGAGACCUCUCUGACGCUGGAGUGGAGCCCACCACAGGAGGCCGGAGGCCGAGAAGAUGUUGUCUACAACAUCAUAUGUAAGAGCUGUGGCAGUGGACGGGGUGGCUGCACCCGCUGUGGCGACAACGUGCAGUUUGUACCACGUCAGUUGGGACUGACCGACACCCGCGUCCACAUCAGCGACCUCCUGGCUCACACCCAGUACACCUUUGAAAUACAAGCUGUCAAUGGAGUGUCUGACCAGAGUCCUUAUUCACCACAGUACACGUCUGUCAACAUCACCACCAACCAGGCUGCACCAUCAGCAGUGUCCAUCAUCCACCAGGUCAGCAGAAGCCCUGACAGCAUCACCCUGUCCUGGUCCCAGCCUGAUCAGCCCAAUGGACUCAUCCUGGACUAUGAACUGCAGUACUAUGAGAAGAACCAGGCCGAGUGGAACUCCUCUCUGACGAGGAGUCAGACCAACACUGCAGUCAUACGAGGCUUAAAGCCUGGAACCAUCUACGUCUUUCAGGUUCGGGCUCGGACUGUCGCUGGAUUUGGACGCUUUAGUGGCAAAAUGUACUUCCAAACCAUGACUGAAGAGGAAUAUAAGUCCAGUAUCCAGGAGAAGCUCCCCCUCAUCAUUGGUUCCACUGCUGCAGGACUAGUCUUCAUCAUUGCCAUCACUGUAUUAAUCAUUGUCUGCCGCAGCCGGAGAAGUCCCGAAAGAUCAGAGUCAGAGUACACAGACAAACUCCAACAUUACACCAGUGGUCACAUGUCACCAGGAAUGAAGAUCUACAUCGACCCCUUCACAUAUGAAGACCCUAAUGAAGCAGUCCGAGAGUUCGCCAAGGAGAUUGACAUUUCCUGUGUCAAGAUUGAACAAGUUAUAGGUGCAGGUGAGUUCGGGGAGGUGUGCAGUGGGAACCUCCGGCAGCCUGGGAAGAGAGAGAUCCUAGUGGCUAUUAAGGCGCUGAAGGCGGGCUACACUGAACGCCAGAGGCGGGACUUCCUGAGUGAGGCAUCCAUCAUGGGCCAGUUCGACCACCCCAACAUCAUCCAUUUGGAGGGGGUGGUGACCAAGAGCAGCCCUGUGAUGAUCAUCACUGAGUUCAUGGAGAACGGCUCCCUCGACUCCUUCCUCAGGCAAAAUGAUGGGCAGUUCACAGUGAUCCAGCUGGUGGGAAUGCUGCGGGGCAUAGCAGCAGGCAUGAAGUACCUGUGUGACAUGAACUAUGUCCAUCGAGACCUGGCAGCUAGGAACAUCCUGGUCAACAGCAACCUGGUGUGCAAAGUGUCUGACUUCGGCCUGUCCCGCUUCCUGGAGGACGAUACUUCAGACCCCACGUACACCAGCGCUCUGGGAGGGAAGAUUCCCAUCCGCUGGACGGCUCCAGAGGCCAUCCAGUACAGGAAGUUCACCUGGUCCAGUGAUUGCUGGAGCUAUGGUAUCGUCAUGUGGGAGGUGAUGUCGUACGGAGAGAGGCCCUACUGGGACAUGAGCAAUCAAGAUGUUAUCAAUGCCAUAGAGCAGGACUACAGGUUGCCGCCCCCUAUGGAUUGUCCCAGUGCACUGCAUCAGCUGAUGCUGGACUGCUGGCAGAAGGACCGCAGCAACCGGCCCAAAUUCAGCCAGAUAGUCAGCACCCUGGACAAGAUGAUCCGCAACCCCAGCAGCCUCAAGGCCAUGACACCGCUGUCAUCAAGUGUUCACCUACCUCUACUGGGUCGCACCACUCCAGACUUCUCCUCUUUCAGCACCGUGGAGGAGUGGCUGGACGCCAUUAAGAUGGGCCAGUAUAAGGAGAACUUUGCCAACGAAGACUUCAGCAGCUUUGAUGUUGUGUCUAAGAUGACCAUGGAGGACAUCGUCAGAGUGGGAGUGACAUUAGCCGGCCACCAGAAGAAGAUCCUCAACAGCAUCCAGUCCAUGAGGGCCCAGAUGAACCAGAUCACUUCAGUGGAGGUGUGA